AGUGCAAAUAUCACAACACAGAAGAUAUGUCGACGUCCGCUAUGGUCGCAAAAACUGAUCUUCUAAAACAAGUGCCAUCAUGUUCCUAUCCAGUUCCUGUUCCAUCUACUACAGAUUUGGACGUUUUCUCAUGGUCACGAAUCUUCGAGAAUGUGGCAGCAAGUGUACCCUUGAGGCAGGCACUUGAAUUCAAGACUCUUCACAGUGAAGCCUACAACGCAGUGAAUCGAACUUUUCGAAAAACCAAAAAAUUGAAAAUUGAGAUUUUGAGCACCGAUUCGGAGAAACCAUUAUAUUAUGUGCAGGAUUCCGCCACGAAAAACGUAGAUGUUGCAAUCGAAAUGGUCCGAUUUGUGUUGAAAAACGCGAGAAGCGUGGCAAAUUUGGAGCUUAAUUUCGAGGAUGUUAAUCUAAAAGCUCUGAAUCGUGUGCUCGAUGAAGUUUUGAAUUCUGAUCACGUAAAGCUGAAAUCAUUUCGUGUCCGCCGUCGUCACGCAGGACAAUGUGUCACAAAAAUUGGUGACGUCAUUCGUCAAAAUGCCACGUCACUACGCGAAAUUUCACGCGUCGGGAUUUCGGAGGCAUCGCAUGGUUUCAGUGAGAAGUUGAAAUUGGAUAAAUUCGGAUGUAUGUCAUUUGACUUGGGAUUCCAGCCGGCUCCCAAUCAAAUUCCCCAUCACUUUAUAAGAAUAACCGAAUCCGGCGCUAAGAUCAAAAAUUUCUCGUUCACCAGCUUCUCGGGACUAGAUCCAUCAGACGAGGUUGUACAGAAUAUGCUUGAUGGUGCUGAAGUCAAAUCUAUUAAGCUAACCAUGAUGAGUCCGCCUGUAAUCGCGCCGAGACCGGGUUUUAUGAUAGGAAAGAUCCGCAGCGUUGAACACGUGGAGCUCGUAGAGAUCGUCCCUGAACCGCAAAGAAUAAACAAAUUAAUGGGUGUUCGUCACAUCUUCGAGAAAGUAUUCCCAAAUUGUCAUGACAUUCUGUUCCUUCAACAAUGGGAAUAACAUGUAAAAAUCAAUAUUUGUUUCUGUGCAUUUGUAAAUUGUCUCCCAUCCUGUGUAAAAAUGAUUGUUUGUACAUAAUAAUUACUACGCUUUAUAAUAAGUAUCAUUUUUCUUUGUAUGUAGAACCUUUUUUCGCCAUUCUGAUGACAUACAACUUUCCACUUUACUUUUUUCCAAAUGAUUCCCAAAACCCUUCCCAUUUCUCAUGUAAUUCGAGUCAUUUAAUAAGAAAUUCAACAACAAAUUGAUUGAAUAAAGUUGAUUGAAC